AUGGUAAACAAGGUGGCUGCAGGUGAAUAUGUAGCUGCUGAAGAUGUUAACUUGUAUGCAGCUACUGAAGCUUCUAACUUGAUCCAAACUGCACAUGAUGCAGUACAGACAAAUAAGAGAGAAAGGAAUUUGGAGGAUGGUGCUAAAGUGCUGCAUAAUGCAAUGGUGCAGACUGAGGAUCAAACAGUCCAAGUAAAUACUGCUGUUCGCAAGCAGGUACAAAGUUCACAAAAGAAGCUGCAAUCAAUUGCGGAGAAUAAGGGCAGUACUAAACAUAUUGCUGGUGAAACCGUUACUCCAUCUCAUUUGAGGGGUGCUGAGGUAAAACUAAUGCAAGCAGCAAACAAGACACUGGAAAAUAAUGUGACUCCAAGGGAUAAUACUCAUAAGCAGCACCCCUUAUUAAAGUUAUUAUCUAAAGUUGAUAUUAUUGUAAAACUGACACUUUCCUCGAAUUAUUCGCAGAUAGGAGCUGAUAUUUUCAAAAGAGCACUAUCCUAUCCUGCAAAACAGAUAGCAAAGAAUGCUGGUGUAAAUGGAAAUAUAGUUGUAGAGAAGGUUUUGUCAGUUGAUAACAUGAAAUAUGGAUAUAAUGCUGCAAGAGACAGAUAUGAAGAUCUAAUAGCUGCCAAAAUUUUGGAUCCUACAAAGGUUGUUAGAUGUUGCCUAGAACAUGCAGCAGCAGUUGCCAAGACCUUCCUAAAAUCAGAUGCCGUUGUUAUUGACAUCCUGGAACCAGUAUCCAGAAUAAGACGACCCCCACUAAUGCCAACUCCAGGCAAACAAAAUUAUCGUUCCACUCAAAGUACUGAGUCUACUGACUACGGUAUGACAACAAUUAUUAUGCCUCAGACCUAUCAAUUGGUCGCACAAAAAGAAUAA